AGAGACGAAUGGGUGGAGCGACGAAUGUGCGGAGUAGCUUAUCGAAAUGUGACAGUAGAAAUGGCAGAGACAGAGGCUCUCCCUCACUGUCUGCCUGCUGAAUCCUGGCUCUAUUGCUGAGGUGAGCAAUGAACACAGCCUGGUUCACUGAGGGAGGAGCCUUAUACGACAUCCAGAGUGUCCAACCUGCAGCAGAGGACCCGUCUCAGUCCCGUCCAACACCGUCCUGUAUCAUCCCCAUGAAGGCCGAGCUUCUGUUUCUCUUCCUGACUUUUGGGGUCCUCCCAUCAGUCUGUGGUGGAAACCUAAUCAUCCCUGCUGUGGUUGGAGGUGAUGUCACUCUGCCCUGUAAGGCUGAUAGGAACCAGCCUCUGGAUGUGGUGGAGUGGAGCAGACCUGGUACCAUCACAGAGUUUGUUCUCAUCUUCAGAACUCAACACCCAGAAGUCUUAGAAGUCCAGAAAAAAAGCUACGAGGGUCGAGUAGAGCUGAAGGACAGAGAGACAGGAGACAUGUCUUUGGUUCUGAGGAACGUCACGGCCGAAGACGGAGGAACGUAUGAGUGUUAUGUUCUGAGAGAAAGAAGCCGCAGGAAGAGAGCUGAGCCUCAACCAAUCAGCACCGUCCACCUGCAUGUAGCUCCGCCUCCUCCUCCUCCAGGGAACGAGGAUGGAGACAUGAAGGAUGGAGGGAUCAACAAUGUCAUGGACAUCUUUGGCAACAGUCGAAGUCAUGUUGUUGUUGCUGCCUGUGCUGGGAUGAUUUUAAUUGUUUUAAUUGUUGCUGUUGCAAUAAUUAGCAGGAAGAACAAGAAGAUGUCUUCUCCUCCUGAUGAAGCACAAGCACAUCCGAUGAUCUGACUGAAAGUUUAUGUUCCUGUAAAAGUAUCAAGCAAAGCGCAGCUUCCAUCAACAUUGUCCUUAGUCAAUGAGAACAAGAAAUUAUUAGCCAUAAAAUCUUCUUGUUUAACUAUCAAUGUGGCAAAAAUGAAGCAGAUCAGUGAUCUAGUGAGGAAACAGAUCAGUUUUGUAUCUUGUUCCUCAAUUGCUCUCAUCAGAUCCAGAGCUGGUGGUCUCCACUGCACUGAUCAUGUGACUCCUCUGAGAAUUGCUACCUUGUCGUGGUAGAGGGGCUUCAGGGAUCUCCAGAUCCUGGCUGCUUUGGUUCAGGGUCUCCUCUGGGAACCUUCAGCCAGGGUAAAGUCUCAAUAAGAGCAAUUCAGGCACCUCCAUACACUGAGGUUGGUGCAGUUGAGAUGCUGCAAACAAUAAAUCAGUGCAGAGUUACAUUUAGAAACAUUUAUGUUUCUUUAAGACUCUGAGUUCUUAUUGCUACUAACGAUGAUGUUCUUGUUCUGCAAACAUUCAUCUGCUCAUAGUUUAAAUACAAAGAUUGUUACUAUAAUCCACUACGGAUGAAAUGUAAAUGAACACUAUAGAAAUAGUUAUUUCUAAUCUAAUUCUACAGUUUCACUGCUUGGAAAUAUAAUACUAGGAGGUUCAGUGUCUUUCCAGCAGCUUCUGUAGAUAAUUGAAAUCUCUGAUGUCCUUCAAUUGAUUUACUUUCAUCAAGUUAAUAACUAACAUCAGCUGCAGACUGCAGGCUGUGGCCAUUAUUACUGUCUAGACUGAAGCAGGGAGGAAAACCAGGUCAGGUUAUUUAAUGUAAAAGGUUGAACUUUGUUUUGGAUAAAAGUUGAUGUCUGAUCACAUAAUAAAUAUAUUUUUAUAGAUUGUG